AUGGGAAAUUGUAUUCAGAAGUGUCUUCAACAACCCGACGAACCAGUUGGCAUUGCUCAACCUCCCACAGGGCUCAAUGAGAUCGAAAUUUCUCAUCCCCAGAAAGUUUCUAAACCUCUUCGAGACAAGAAUUUAUCUUCUUUACAUACAAAGAAAGGUGGAGUCUAUGAGAUCCGCUUCUCCAAUCAAGGGAAAUCUUCUAAACCACUUGGGAAGACAUCUUCAUCAAUCUCUUUAAACACACGGGAUGAAAGAAUCAAUGGAAUUCAAAUCUCUCAUCCUGGGGAAACUUCAAAACCAGUACUGCAGGAGAGAAAUUCGUUGGUUCCUUCAAAUACCAAGAAAGGAGUCAAUGAGAUUCAAAUUUCUCAUUCUGGACCAGCUUCUUUGAAUAUACGAAAAGAUGAGAGAUAUGGCACUUAUGAUUCCUUGAAGAUGAGCAUGAAAGCUGAUCAGGUGCUUCAGUCCUAUAAGCUCAACUUCUUUUGCUAUAAUACUCUGAAGAUUGCCACCCAGAGAUUUAGUGAAAAGAAUCUACUAGCCCAAGGUGGCUGCGGUGAGAAUGAACUAAAUUUUUUGAGCAGAUUUAACCAUCCAAAUCUGGUGAAGCUCGUAGGAUACUAUUCCGACAUUAAGCAUAAAUGUUUAGUGUAUGAGUACAUGCCUAAGGGAAACUUGGAAACCAAUCUUUUGAAAGGUCAUAAGCACCAACAGCAUUAG